UAUUAGGAACUAGACGGAUAUUUGUCCAGUCGUCGAGUCGUUUAAUCGGAGAACAUUCAGUAGCCACCAUAUCGUUAACACGUGUAACCUUAAGCUGAAGAUAUUCCACUUUAAAAAUAAAAAAGUAUAACGUUCAGUGAAGUGAACAUACCGGUUAUAAUAUCUAUAUUCUCACGUGGUAACGUUCAAUUAGGAAGACAAAAAUGUCUGUUUCGUAUAAUUUGCCAAACGAGAUAUUAGAAAAAAUUUUCAAUUUCUGCGAUGUUUAUACUUUAUCACAGAUUAGUAUGGUAUGCAUACAAUUUAAUAAUGUGGCAAAAUAUAUACUAAUGAAAAAAAGUGAACAUUUGUUUGUCACGAAUCAGAAAUCGGAAAAAUUUCGUGAACGAUGUAAACCACUAUUAUCUUUAGAUAAAAAUUCUAAAUUUAUUAUAAGUUACAACUGGAUACAUAAAGAAUAUAAAAGGAGACACAUAUAUCAAAUUGGGGAAAUCAAUAUAGAGCAAGGACAUUCCUAUUUCUAUCAUUUUCAGUAUAGUAAUCGAACCGUACAAAUAACUAGAAAUAUGGUUUGGUCAUAUUGUAGAGGUGAUCUUCUUGCUUUCAAACGCGCAAAGAACGGUACAAUUAAAAACGAUAAAAAUAUUCUGAAAACUGACAAGGCUUUUAUUGAAACUUAUACUCAUUGCGAUAAUUAUAUUAUAAGUGGCGACAGAAAAGGUAUUAUUAAUCGCUGGGAAAUUAAAGAUAAUCAAAAGGAUUUUUUACGUAAACCUUUAAAAAUACAUAAUGUGCAUUAUAAAAUUAAUCAAAUAAACGCAACAUCGCAACACAUUAUAACUAAUUCUACAAAUUCAUUAAAGAUUCUGAAAUAUACAGAUGAUAGAAAAGGUUGUACGGAAGAAAACGAAAUAUUUUGUGGCAACAGAUGUUAUAUUGAAUCAAUCUCAUUUGACCCUAAAGGAACAAAAUUUGCGGUUACUUCCACUGAUUGUUCAGGCUUUCCUCCUCGUAAGUCAUCGUUUCUAAUUUACGAUUUUGAUAAAAGUUAUCAGAUAAUGAAUAUAAAAUAUGAUGAUUCUUGUCGGCAACUAAUAUGGGAGGAUACUCACACUAUUCUCAUGCGUUUUGAUUAUUCUAUUAAAAAAAUAGAUUUGAGAACAUCCGAAUUUGUACGUACAUGGGAUUCUUCCAAAUAUCUCCCGUCACGCUGUUGCUCAUCAGAUAAUAUAAACACUUUUAUAACAGGGCAUCAUAUAGUUGUUAUGUGGGAUCAGAGACAAAGUGUUGCCAUUCAAACGUAUGAUAUAAAUGGCACAAUAUAUGCUUUAGAAUUUGAUAGUUCUCAUAUGUAUGCUGUUGCCGGAAAUGGUCUUUAUGAAUUGGACUUUACGAGAAGAAACUACUUUAAUCAUAAAAAAAUAGAAACGUUUUUUGGCAAUUUUUAUUAAAUAAAAAAUGUUGUGUGAAAA